UCCGCGGCGCCUCCGUGUGAGCUCCAUUCAGUGGCGGGUUCCGCGGCGGGCGCAGCUCCGGCUGUUCUCGAUAGGAACAGGUCGCCGGCCGGCAUCGCUCAGCGGGCAGCAGCCGCAGGAGGACGAGGUGCAGCACAGGAGCAGGAGAUGUUCUCCCGACUGAGAGCAGCCGCCGCCCCGUGCGCGAUGGCGCGCCGCGGCAUCCACAUGAAGGAGAAGGGGAAGCCACUGAUGCUGAACCCACGGACAAACAAGGGAAUGGCCUUUACGUUACACGAGCGGCAGAUGCUCGGGCUGCAAGGGCUCCUACCUCCUAAAAUAGAGACACAGGACAUCCAAGCCUUACGGUUCCACAAGAAUUUGGCAAAAAUGACCGACCCCUUGGAGAAGUACAUCUAUAUCAUGGGCAUCCAGGAGAGAAAUGAAAAACUGUUCUACAGGGUGUUACAGGAUGAUAUUGAGCGGCUGAUGCCAAUUGUGUACACACCAACAGUGGGCCUUGCCUGCUCCCAGUACGGACACAUCUUCAGGAGACCAAAAGGAUUAUUUAUUUCCAUCUCAGACAGAGGCCACAUAAGGUCAAUUGUGAACAACUGGCCGGAGAACGACGUUAAGGCUGUUGUCGUCACUGACGGAGAAAGAAUAUUGGGUCUGGGAGACCUGGGAGUGUAUGGGAUGGGAAUUCCAGUAGGAAAACUGUGUUUGUAUACAGCCUGUGCAGGAAUACAUCCAGAUAAAUGCUUGCCAGUGUGCAUCGACGUUGGGACUGAUAACACGACGCUCUUAAAAGACCCGUUUUACAUGGGCCUGUACCAGAAGAGGGAUCGCUCGCAGGUCUACGAUGACCUGAUUGAUGAGUUUAUGGAAGCCAUCACAGACAGGUAUGGCCAGAACACACUUAUCCAGUUUGAAGACUUUGGAAACCACAACGCUUUCCGUUUUUUGAGAAAAUACAGGGAGAAAUACUGCACCUUCAAUGACGACAUCCAAGGGACAGCCUCAGUGGCCUUGGCAGGACUGCUGGCAGCACAGAAAGCCACUGGUAAACCACUUACAGAGCAGAAAGUGCUGUUCCUUGGGGCAGGAGAGGCUGCCCUGGGAAUUGCAAACCUCAUUGUUAUGGCUAUGAUGGAAAGUGGUGUUUCUGCCGAGGAGGCCUACGGGAGGAUAUGGAUGUUUGACAAACACGGUUUGCUGGUCCAGGGCCGAGAACACAAGGUAGAUUCCAACCAAGAGCCGUUCACACACCGGGCUCCAGAGCAGAUACCAAAGACGUUUGUAGAGGCGGUGAAUGUGCUCCGGCCUUCAGCCAUCAUCGGAGUGGCAGGGGCUGGGAGGCUCUUCUCCCACGAGGUGAUCAAAGCCAUGGCUGCCAUCAACGAGCGACCCAUCAUAUUCGCGCUGAGCAACCCCACGGUGAAGGCUGAGUGCACGGCAGAGGAGGCAUACACGUUAACAGAGGGCCGCUGCUUGUUUGCCAGUGGCAGCCCCUUCGACCUGGUGACUCUGAAGGACGGGAGGACCUUCAAGCCCGGCCAGGGAAACAACGCUUACAUUUUCCCAGGCGUGGCUCUGGCUGUGAUCCUCAGCAGUGUCCGGCACAUCAGCGACAAGGUUUUCCUUCAGGCUGCCAAGGCACUGGCGGAACAGUUGAGUGAUGAAGAACUCGCACAGGGAAGACUUUACCCCCCACUGUCCAAUAUCAGGGAAGUUUCUAUUUAUAUUGCUGUCAAGGUGAUGGAGUUUUUGUACGCCAACAACAUGGCCUUCCACUACCCCGAGCCCGAGGACAAGAACCGCUACAUCCGCUCCAAGGUCUGGAGCUACGAGUACGAGUCCUUCAUGCCAGACGUGUACGACUGGCCCGAGUCCAAGGUCCACUGAGGCACCGCCGCGUCGCACUCCUCAGGCAGCAUCUUCUACUCUGCAGGGAUCCCUUUUUCAGACCAACUCAAAUCAUAAUCUGUAAUUUAUUAUUUUCACUCGUUUCGUUGUCUUUUUCCCCCCUCCCCGCUCCCCUCCCCUCCCUUUAACUCUGUUUUUUCCACUCGAUGUUGAUUUCUCCCCGCUCCCCCCUUUUCCCCCCCCUCCCAUUUUUCACCUGUUAAACUGUAUGGAUGAUGGCACCCUGCCACGGGGGAUGAGAGAGAGCCCUCCAAAAUGAAUUUGAAUGAUGACAAUGCAUUUCUAGCUUAGGGCCGGCGCCACACCGAAGAAUUCCAUUAAUGAUGUUUCAGCUAAACGCGUUUGACGGCGAGCUCACAGCUCUCCCUCCUCACUGCUGAUCCCCCGAGUGAUUUAUUUCUGCCUUUAAUAAUCAGUCUUCUCGUUGCCCCAGUGUUGUCACGCCGUGACAUCAACAGAGAGCACUUGUCAAAAAAAAAAAAA